UAAGUGGUUCCCACCACUUACUGUCUGUAGCUACAGUUGCUUUGAGAAUGGCUGAGGACGAGGAUGCAGACUUUGUUAAUCUACUUAAAGAACGUAAUAUUUCUCAAAAUGCCAUCCAGAAACUUGUGGAAGAAAAGGUAAGCAAUUUUACUUCUGUUAGUAUUUCACAAUUUUGAUCACUUACGACACUCGUCAACUUUCCUCGCAUGUGCGGUCUUCUUAGCAUUUUUAAUUGUGUGUGUGGAUGAUGUGUGCUUGUUUGUUUUAGAUCGACAUACAUGUGAUUAACGUCAUAACUGACGAGGACUUAACCAAGUACAUAGGGAGAUAUGGGGACCGUCUGGCCAUUAAAGCGUUCUGUCAGCAAAAAAGCUCCACGCUGCAAAGGCCUGAAGCAAAGUCAUCCCUCAUGGAGCGAGUAAGAGCGAAACUUCAGGGGCAUCGGGACAAAAUCUUCGCUGGCAACAUGGCAGGCCGUAAUGUUGGAAAUAAACAUGCAACAACAGAGACUCGGCGGAUGGAAAUGGGAUGGCUCCAUUUUUCUAACUGCAACUAUCAUCAGGUUUCGGGGGUGCUGGAGCCUAACCCAGCUACUGAUGGACGGAGGCAGGAUACACCUUAGACAGGUCGCCAGUCUGUUGUAGGGCCUUGAUCAGAACAACUUCAAACAUUCAAUGUGUUUCAAUAAAAAAAUGGUAUAGCUGAUGUAUAGUAUAGCAGAACAAAAAUUAACAAAAUAAAAAAACAAUUCUUAUAUAAUUUCAAACUUAUGAAAUGGUGCUUACGGUUUGGAUAUAAUACAUUUUUUGCAGGUGUAUGUGUACUGUCAGAAUCUUUCUAAAUCAUACUAAGGCCAUAUAAAAAAAUCACUAUUUGAACACCUGUCCCACUGAUCAAAAGUCCAUAAGUAACAAUUUUGUUUUUCUUUUAUAGACCAGAAGAAAGCAGAGACGAGCUGUGAGACGCCACAUCAGAAAAUAUGCCAGGAAGACUGGUGGGGAUCAGUUGGAUCCCAAAUCAUCAGAUUCUGAUUCAUCGCCCCGUGUCUUAAUGGAAAAUCGUGGACAAGGAGGAGAAUCAAGUGACCAGUCAAGACCCCACUCUGAGUUGAACUACAUAGAGAUCCUCCAUUCAUCUCCCCCAGAUGAUGCUGGGAAUAAUUUACAUCAACCCACUAGUAGCCAUGGAGUUGAAGAUGACUGCCUAAUCCUAGCCUUCAGUGAAGAGGCAGAACAGUUAGAUGAUGACUCAAAUCCCCAUCUCGCCCAGGCUAUCAAUGCAUCUCUCGAAGACUUUGAAAUACAGUUUUGGCCUCUCUCUGGUGAUGAUGGAGCUAGUCUUGACUCCACUCUUCCCUGGAACCCUGAAACCCCCAACACAUACCAGCAUUCAACAUUGAAUGAAGGAGCUGGAUCAUCAAACAACAAUCAAGUCUUCCAAACCCAACCUGUAAAGGACAUCCGCUAUGUUACAGUUAGACGUAUUAAUGUGGUUCAAGAUCUCAUCGCUGUCUUCUUGGACCCAGAAGUCCUUAGUACAGAGCUAAAGAAGGAUUUAAAAAAUGAAAAAGCUUAUGAUAAUGAUGGUGUGUCAAGAGAAGUGUACUCUGCUUUCUGGGAGCUUUUCUUAGAACAGUGUGAAGGGGAGGAAGAACGAGUUCCCAGACUACAACCCGAGUUCACUCAAGAGCACUGGAAAGCAGUUGGAAGAAUUUGGUUGAAAGGAUACCAGGAUCACGGCAUCAUACCAAUUCAUCUGUCACCAGCUUUUGUUCUUGCCUGUUGUCAAGGAGUCAGCUCAGUAGAUGAAGAACUUCUGAUGAUGUCCUUCAACAGAUUUAUUUCAGAACCCGAGCGGAUAGCAGUCGACAAAGCGCUGCAAAACAACAUGGAUGACACUACAGAAGACGACUUGCUUGAUCUUUUUUCCAGAAUGGGCUCACACUACCUGCCCUCAAAAGAUAACCUACAGGCAUCUCUUUUAACAAUGGCACACAAAGUUCUUAUUCAAGAGCCAUAGUUUAUAAUUGACUGCUUCCACUCCAUUAUCCACAAUGUGGUGCCAUCUCUUACUGAAAAGGACAAUAUUAUGAAACUUUAUGAGUCUAAAAAGCCAACAAACUAGAAGGUGGCCCAAACAAUCAAACCAGUAAGUGAUAUCUUGAUCCACAGCAGCAGUCAGCCCUUAACCAUCUGUUAAGGUAUGUGAGAAGCGCUGACCAAAUAAAACUGGAGAAAUUCUUGCGCUUCUGCACAGGGUCCACAGUUCUUUGCAAGGAAAAAAUUGAAGUAACCUUUAAUCGGUUGUCCGGUUUAAGUCGAAGACUAGUGGCGCACACCUGUGGUGCCGUCCUUGAAUUACCAUGUGCAUAUAGAUCAUACCCAGAGUUUCGUGCGGAACUGGACAACAUUCUGUCAGGUGACUGCUACACAAUGGAUAUUCUGUAAUAGACCAGUGAAAUCGUGGAUUUUUUUUCCCUGUCUUUUUUUUUUUUUUUUGGUCUUAUGCUUAUGGCACAAACUCUUUCUAAACGUAUAUUUAGCAGCAUACUCAAAAAAUAAUUUAGCUUUUUUUUUUGUAACUCAUCCAAUGCUAUUAUUUUCUCAUUCUAAAUUAAAAUUAAGAGUAAAGCUAUUUCAAUAUGUUUCUUAUUCAAGUUGUGUAAAAAGCUGUUCUGUUUAGUCAUGUUUUUCUUACCAUAACUCAAAAUAUUUGAAUUGAUUUUUUUAUUGUUUGAAAGAGCAUUGUGGGAUAAAAAUUCUGAAAAAAAUUGCAAAUCUUACAGAACUAAAUUAUUGUUUUGACACGUUUUCUUGUGGCAGUUCAUUUUAAAACGAUUCCAAUACCUUAAAAAGUAAAAAUUACAUACUAAUAUUCAAGGAUCUGUUCGUUAAUUGUAAUCAUUUAAUGGGUAUGUGAUUCUGAUCAGUUUUAACUGAUUUUGUAAUAAAAAUAGUGCAUUAAAAAAGUACAGUUGGAAAACAUUGUUUAAUACCUUCUGAGCUUCUGUCUCUUUUGUUUGUACAUUGCUGGAAAGUAAUGUAAAAGUUGUUUUUACAAUAAAACUACAUUUGGAGCUCAUAAGUGGCUUGUGACUUGUGUUUAAACAACUAAAAAUCAAUUAGGCUUUUGCAAGGCAGCAGUUUUUGGAAGAGUCUGUCCCUCUUUAAAUGAUCUUCAAAUGUCAAUUUGUCUAAACAUAAUUAUUAAUUUAAUUCUUCUUGGCUUAUGGCUCAAAACAUAAUUGUAGAAUUAGAUACACAGCACAAAAUAAGGCCAUCCAGGUGAGUUUUAAAGUUGAAAAUGUUUUCUUUUUUCAUUUUAUGAACAACUUUAAAUUGCAGGCAUAUUAAACUGUAUAAAAAAAUGUCACUAUGAAACCUUGCACAAAAUAGAAUAUAUCAAUAACUAAUCAGCACAUCAAUAACACAAGCCUUCAGAUCAAUUUUACCUUUACUUUGUUAGGAUAAAGACAUUAAAUGUUUUGUAAAAUAUCUGUGUUUUAAUUGUUCAGGUUCAUGCAUUAUAAAUUGAAAUGACAUCAAAUGUAAACAUUACAGCAUUAAGGCAAAUGCUGACCACAAUUGAUCAUAAAAUGCAUGCAUGGAACUUCAAAGAAUUCUGUCAUGUUUUCAAAAGUUUCCACAUCUAGCCAUCAUAGAUUAUGUUUUGAACCCAAACCUGAGUCCGCUACACACAGCGUGAUGCAAUAAUCAGUAGAAGGCCCAGUAGACAAGUUUACAAGUUUGCCUCCUGCACACAACCCAGCUUCUUCCUUUUUAAUCUGAAUCAGCUUCUUCUUACAGUCAGCUGCCUGGGUGACAGCCUUUCAAUCAGCUGAUCUGCUCCAGCUGCCCUGCCUCUCAGCAGUUCGAGUCGCUGAACAUGA